AUGCGCCAACCAGAAUUGCCUGCUGAUCAGGAUCAGGUCGGAGGCGCUGACUGGGACCACUUCGCAGUGCCCGCUGAGAAGACUGACCGGCAGGGAAUGUGCCGACUGGAACCACAGGCUCUCGUCGUAGAGAUGGGGCGCCGUCAGCCUGCUGAACAGGCUGGCAGGACGAUGACCGGUGCCACCUCCCGCAGAGGUGAGGACCAGCCAUGGUGUGCUGACCGGAACCGCGGCGCAGUGUCCACGGAGAAGACUGACCGGCAAACAGGCUGGCAGGACGAUGACUGCUACCACCUCCCGCAGAGGCGAGCACCAGCCAUGGGGUGC